AUGAAAUUUACAAUUCUCGUGGCAGCGAUAAUGGGGAUUGCGAGCUUAGUUUUAGCUGACUCCGAGAGGUUCGGAUUUUUAGUGAUAAGAUCGGGAUCCCCAUUGCAAUAUGCUACUCUUUAUGCACAAAAUUCCAAAUUGUAUUUCGGUAGCUCAUCAUCACCAUCUCUAACUGCUGUCAUCACGGACGACGGCAAACUCCAUAUCUCAGAGGGCAAGUAUGCCGUCCAAAGCUCCGACGGCUCCCUUGUGGAGGGCUCGGAAUCUGACGCAGCCCUUGGUUUUUAUAUCAAAAAUGGUUAUCUGGGCUUCAGAGGUAAGGGUGGAUUUACGGCCGUCUUUACUGGCAACAAAUAUGAAGUAUCCACCGGCGAGCCAUCGUCUGACGACGAUCUCGGUGUUUCUGUUAGGCCGACCUCAUCUUCUGGAUCGGCAGUAGAUGACUAUCUGCCAACCGGUGGCUCUGUUACUACAUUUGCAAGUGCAACCUCAUCUUUGCCAAGCUCGUCUCAGUCAUCUGACGAAGGGGUUACAGAACCUACCACAACUUAUUCAGCUACCUUGUUCCUUGACGUCCAAACCUCCGAAAGGAAGCUUGAGGAAUCCACCACGACUCACUCGGCUUCACUGCUCCCAAUUACGCAAAUCUCGGACGGACAAGUUCAAGCACCCACUACAACUUACUCGGCUUCACUGCUCCCAAUUACGCAAAUCUCGGACGGACAAGUUCAAGCUCCCACUACAACUUACUCGGCUUCACUGCUCCCAAUUACGCAAAUCUCGGACGGACAAGUUCAAGCUCCCACUACAACUUACUCGGCUUCACUGCUCCCAAUUACGCACAUCUCAGACGGACAAGUUCAAGCCCCAACAACAACUACGCUGGCUCCCUCUAUGACUUUAUUUUGA